AAGGAGCGUCUGUCCCAAACUUCCUCAAGGAAAACAAACUGCCCUCGUCUCCAUCGCCGGCGCCGCCGAAACGCACUUCAUCGGCGUCGCCGAUCCCGCCGCUUAUCAUCGCUGAUCCCGCCGCUUGUCAUCGCCCUCCUUUCGUCGAAUCACACAUGGAACUCUCCCUCUUGCUCGUCCUCCUCUCCUCCUCUCUAUUGGUCUAGGAGUGGAGUUAAGAUCUACCUGCUCGGACGCGAUUCCUUUUCUUGACUGAAGAAGUAAUUGUGCCAUAUUCUAUACAUUUUUAUAUGGUAUUUAAUAAAAAGCAUCAGUAGCGGCCUGGUACACUGGGAGAAUGGAAGGCAAUAACCUGCCCUGUGGAAACUUUAUGCAUGGAGCAUCUUAUGGCAGUUCAGACUUGCAUCGCAACCCCAUGCAAAUACGUGCUCCAAACUCGGGUAAUCAGGUCUUCAACCAAUCUCAGAUACCUGGCAAUUUCCCCAUGCCUAUGAACCAGGUUACAGAUUCUGAUCACAUGUCAGAGAUUCUAUUUGGAGAACGCAGGAAGCCUGAUCACCACCAGGUCCUUCACCAGAACUAUCACACGAAGGACUCCGUGACCAUGAGCGAUGAUGAGGAAGGUCUGAAUGAGGAUACCACUGAUAGCCAGAGCGGCAAGGGAAAGAAGGGCUCUGCGUGGCACCGUAUGAAGUGGACUGAUUCAAUGGUUAAGCUUUUAAUUACUGCAGCGUCUUACACUGGGGAGGAUCAAGGAACUGAUUUAGGAGGUGGUAAGAGGAACUGUGCAAUGAUGCAGAAGAAAGGCAAGUGGAAGGCAAUAUCAAAGGUCAUGGGCGAGCGAGGCUGCAGUGUGUCACCGCAGCAGUGCGAGGAUAAGUUCAAUGACCUGAAUAAGAGAUACAAAAGGCUUACUGAAAUCCUUGGACGGGGUACAACCUGCAAGGUUGUGGAGAAUCCAGCACUUCUGGACCGCAUGGAUAAUCUCUCUGACAAGUUGAAAGACGUUGCAAGGAAGAUAUUGAACUCAAAGCACUUGUUCUAUGAGGAGAUGUGCUCCUACCAUAAUAACAACCGGAAUAGUUUGCCUGCAGAUCCUGCACUUCAGCGUUCACUACAGCUUGCUCUUAGGUGCAAAGAGGAAAAUGAUCUGAUGAGAGGAGCAAGUGGAGAUGCUGAUGAAGAUGACCAGAGUGCAGACUCUGAUUACGAGGAGGAUAAUUAUGGGGAGCAUCAUUCAACACAUACCAAUAAGGAGGCCCUACCCAUGCAAAAAAAGAUGCAGUAUAUGGCGGAUCAUGAGGAUGUAGGUUUUGGCAACUCUUCGAGCUCACAUCAUUGCAGCCAGAGGUCUAGUCCCCAUGGUAUCGCACUAGAUAUCAACAAAGUAUUUCCAGAUGGAACUAGCUUGGCUUUGGCACAAAGGGACCUGGUGUCGGAAUCUGCAGAGCUUGAGAAAUAUCGCUUGCAAAUUGAAAUUCGGGAACUGAAGCUUGCACAGGCACGCCUCAAGUGGGAACAGUUAUGUAAAAAGAAGGACAAGGAACUGGAAAGGAUGAGACGGGAGAAUGAAGAAAUGGAGAAUGGGAAUAAACGCUUGGAGCUGAAGGUAAGGCAGAAAGCAUUAGAGCUUGAACUCAAGCUGAAAGGAAAUGGCAAUCAUUCAUGACAUUGAUUUGGGCGAUCAAGACUGACCUAUAAGAUGGUUGUUGAUGGCUUCUCGUGUUAGCGUAGAGUAUUGCUAGACGGCUGGCCUAUCUCGCUGCACAAGAAUUGGAUCUGAUGGUGCACUUCUGUUGAGAUGCCAGAUAACAGAAUUAUUCUCCGCACUUUCAAAAUUAAGGCAGAAAUGAGUCUGAGAGC